UCCGCUGUUGGACUCUUCUUGCUUCGGACUCUGACUGAAGGCAGAAAAUAUGAAAUAAGAUUUUACACAACAUCUCGGCGUCGAUGCGGAGCUUCUGCAGAAACUCGCCGGUUUUGUUUCGUCUUUUCCCGGGAAAUAAAAAGGAAAUCUGGGAGUCGCGCCAUGAUCUGUGUGGAGGAUCUGCUCAGUCCAGGACCAUGACCUGCAGCAGCAGAACCCGCUCUGCUCCUCAAGGCGACCCAAUGGCAUGAAGGACUGAAGGUUUGAGGACACCGCGCCCCCUGCUGGACCCCGGCUGCAGCUGCAGGCCAUGGCCGAGCCCAGUUACUCCGACCUGAUCGCCAAACAUUACAACUACACCGGCAAGUUCCGCAAGUCGACCCAGCAGGACUCGGGUCUGAAGGCAGACUCGGUGAUCUUCAUCAUCGUCUGCUGCUUCAUCAUCAUGGAGAACAUCCUGGUCCUGACCACCAUCUGGAGGACCAAGAAGUUCCACAAACCAAUGUACUACUUCAUCGGGAACCUGGCGUUGUCCGACCUGCUGGCCGGUGUCGUCUACACCGCCAACAUCCUGCUGUCCGGCGCCAACACCUACAAGCUGACCCCGACCCAGUGGUUCUUCCGGGAGGGCAGCAUGUUCGUGGCUCUGGCGGCCUCCGUCUUCAGCCUGUUGGCCAUCGCCAUCGAGCGCCACCUCACGAUGCUGAAGAUGAAGCUGCACAACAACGGGAACACGUUCCGGGUCUUCCUGCUGAUCAGCACCGUGUGGAUGAUCGCGGCGGUUCUGGGCGGACUGCCGGUGAUGGGCUGGAACUGCAUCCGGAGCAUGCCGCAGUGCUCCACCGUGCUGCCGUUGUACCAUAAGACCUACAUCCUGUUCUGCACCACCGUCUUUAGCAUCAUCCUCAUGGCCAUUGUGGUUCUAUACGCCCGGAUCUACGCGCUGGUUCGCACCCGCAGCCGCAAACUCGUCUUCCGCAAAGUCACCAACGGCCGAGGCGGCGCCAGCGCCAACAACAAGAGCUCGGAGAAAUCGAUGGCGCUCCUGAAGACCGUCAUCAUCGUCCUGAGCUGCUUCAUCGCCUGCUGGGCGCCGCUGUUCGUCCUGCUGCUGCUGGACGUGGCGUGUGAGACCCGGUCCUGCCCCAUCCUCUACAAGGCCGAGUGGUUCCUGGCGCUCGCCGUCCUGAACUCCGCCAUGAACCCGCUCAUCUACACGCUGACCAGCAACGAGAUGCGCCGGGCCUUCCUCAAGACGCUGCUCUGCUGCACCGCCUGGAUCCGGCCCAAACCCAAGUUCACGGGACCGAUUAUGGGCGCGGAGUUCAGCCGCAGCAAGUCCGAUAACUCGUCGCAUCCCAACAGGGAGGAGGCGGAAUAUUCACCCAAGGAGACCACGGUGGUGUCCGGGAACCUGACCUCGUCCUCAUGAACAGGCUGUGGGUCCCACUCUGGUUCUUCACGACUUAUUGGGUCGGAACUCUAAUGACGAGAUUCUCCAAACUGAUGAAACCCAAUUAGAGGAAAUCCGCUCUGCAUGAAGCUCUUGUAACUUUGGACCCAGUCCGAUGUGAACUGUGGAGGAAUCGGAACAUUUUCCUGAGGAGAAGGCGACGCGAUACUGGAAGCACUGGGAGGGUUGAGACCAGCUCCAGCCGGGAAACUGGUUUUUCUUUCACCAGACUUUAUUCUCACCUUUCCAGACCAACUAGAACUUGUAGCACUUAAACACAUUACUGCCAGUUAUUUAAGAGAUUAGUUACUAUAAAUGUCUCCUCAUCACUGCACGUGAAGAAACACCAUAAUCUGGAAACCUGCGUGAAAUCCACCAGUAUCACCAGUAUGACCAGUAUGACCAGUAUGACCAGUAUCAGGGCCAGGCUGAGAAAAAUCUCAUUAUGACAAUAAAGUUGAACAAGAAUAAAAAAACAAGAAUAAAUGAAUAUUACUGAAAAAAAUAUAGCAAAUCAAAAAUGCUGAAAUAAACUCAUUUCAAGAAAAAAGUUUUUACAUUAUGAGAAAACAGUUUUUACAAUAAAAAGUCUAAUAAUACAUAAUACGUUUUACUGCAUGAAAAAAACUUACAAAAAUAAAGCCACAAUAACAUGAGAAUAAAUUUAUAAUACAUGAAAGUCAUAAUAUUACCAGAAUAAAGUUAGACAAAAAGUCAUAGACUGAGCAAAACGAGAAACAACAAAGAAUAAAAAUCUACAAAAAAAAAUUAUAUGGCAAAAAAAAAUUAAAUAAUGAGAAUAAAGUCUAAAUAAUAAAAGUCAUAAUAACAUGAGAAUAAACUCAAAUUAUCAGAUUUGUUGUUUUAUUUGUAAACUGAAGUAGUAAUUUCAUAACUCUGACAUCAAAAAUAAUAAAAUCUAAAGAGGAAUAUUAGACAUAGGAAACUUAAUCUUUUAACAUCAACAUCAAAAUGUUCCAGGAAGAAAUUCAAUAAUGAAUUAAAGAAAGAAUCACAGAGCAGAUGGUUGAAGCUUUGCUCUCAUUAAAUGACUUUUUCCAGUAAUUUAAUAUUUUUUUCUGCUAUUCUGCUAAUAUUAUGACUUUAUUCUUGUAAUAAUAAUAGUAAUAAUGAAAAUGACUUAUUCUGUCCCUGUUUGCUUUUUAAUCAGGUAAAAAGAGGAAAAACAUCCAAAAUAUCAACUUUUCAGCCAUUUUACAUCAUUCAAGAACAAACGAGUCCAAACAAGAAAAAACGUUUUUAAUUAUGAAAAAUAAAAUAAAUAAAUAAACUCUUAAAAUAUACAUGAGAAAAAAAAAACAUUUCUUUUAAACGAAGCAAAUACUAGAAAGUUUUAAAAAAUAAUAAAGGUUUGAAUUGAUAAUUAUUUUUUGUGUGGGUACAUUUUAAUUUCACAAUAUUUUUAUAAGUUAUCACAUUUUUUAUCUCUAAAAAUAAAAACACAUAGGGUGAAAAUUAUUAAUUGAAGUUUUUUCUUUUUUUAUGAAAUUUGUACAUUUAAGUUAAUAUAUUAAUUUAAUUAUAAAAUUGCUGACAUAAUUGGUCAUUUUCACAGAUUUAGGUUAUUAUUUCACCCAGAAAACAUUUCUGAUAAUUAUGAAAUUUAAUUUAGUUUUAGAUGAUUAAUAUGAAGCUUUUUUAUUGUGUUAUUUGGCCCAGUUAUGUUUUCCAUUGGUAAUAAAAAUCCCAAACAAUAACUAGUAAUUAUAAUCUGUUUUAUUCUAGUGAAAUAAGAAAAAUAAUGCAGUUUGUUGUAGAUUUGAGUGGAAACCGUUUGCCUUAGAAGUGCUUGUGAUUUCAUGUUGCUGCAAGUAAUUUCGGACAUUUUAAGACUUUUUGAAAUUGAUUUUUAGUCUUUUUGGUUUGAAAACUCAGAAAAUUACCUUUUUUUUUGCAGUUUCCAUUUAUUAAAAGCAGAAAUAAAGAGUUUUGUGGCGUUACAUAAACAUGUGAAACUGAAAAACGACAGAUAAAACUUGAUUUUAAAUCAUUGGCACAAAAUAUAUGUAGCAGAAUUUUUUAAAUUGCAUUUUUGUUUUCUGGAUUCCCAGUUUAUUUACAGCAUUAUGACCCCAAUUCAUGUUUUCAUCUGUUACAUUCAUGUAAAAACUGUUUUGUUUUGUUUUUUGGUAAAAAUUGUAGAAUCUGUUUGACUGAAUGUGUUUUCUACGUUUGGUGUUUGUUGUGUUGCUGGUGAACUUAGAUUAAUUCUUAUUAAUUUAUAUGUGACACUAAAAUUUUCAAUAAAUUCUUAGCGUUGA